GCGGACUGUCUAACAAGCUUGUAAUAUAAAAUAACACGUUUACAAAGACAACUCGGAAGUUUGUCAGAAUCUGGCUGUUUUAUUUUUAACAUUUUCCUAUGUAAAGAAAUGAGACGUGCACAAAAUUUUGGGAACAACAUGUCUUCUUAUCCACAACGAAGUGAUCAGAUGUUAGAAGAAGAAAACGAAAGACUAGAAUACAACUUGUCUAAUAAAGUACAGACCUUGAAAUCGCUCUCAAUAGAUAUUGGACAUGAAGUAAGGACCCAAAAUAAGUUAUUGACUGAAAUGGAUAGUGAUUUUGAUUCCAGUGGCUCAUUACUUUCAGCAACAAUGGCAAGAUUACAAGCUCUAACUAAAAAAGGACACCAUAAAAUCAUGUGUUAUAUGAUGGUCUUCUGCCUUUUUGUAUUUUUUGUUGCUUGGUUAAUCGUUAGGAGGAGAUAGAAGACCAUAGAAAUAACCAUGAAUAAUAAUAUAAAAAAUUAAUAUGAAAUGCUGAUGGACAAUGGAUAGCAUACUGCCUUCUUUUCCUUCUAUGAACUAAAUGUUCAAUAAUUGAAUUGAUAAUAGUUCUUCUUCGCUUAUCAAAGUAUCUACUACUCUCUUUAUGCUAAUAAUCCAUCUCCUUUCACACUUGUAAAUAUGCUGAUCGAAUUAAAUUUUUAAUUGAUAUUGA